AUGGAUCUCUUCCUUCCCCUCUCCCCUCUCGAUGACCUCUUCGUCGACUGGCCCCCCUACCUGCGAGGCGCAGACGGCUGUCUCGCUCUUCCUCCUCCACCUGACUUGAUCUUCCCAUCCUCUCCCUCUGCCUCAGACACAUCCUCUUCUGUGUCCACAGGAAUGCUGUCCUCUCCGGAACCCACAUACGGGUCGAACGCAAUGCGCAUCUCAGUCUGUGACGUCCCACUCCUUGCGCCCCGUCCGCUCCCCUACCACUCCCCCACAUUUCUCCACUUCGACCUCCCAGACUCGGACGAAGACCUCUCUCACCCCCCCUAUACCCACAGGCCACCGAAGCGGAAACGGUGCGACUGCGACGACCCUAAGCUUUGCGCCGCUGAUGGUGACAUCCACGACGAUCUCCCGCCACCUCCACCCACGAAACGCCGCGCUCGCAUCCACGCAUGGCGCUCCCGUGUCCAUCGAGAACAGCCGAUGCCCCUCCAACAAUUACCGUCUCAGCAGCCACAGCAGCAUCACACAUGGUCCCAUCACGUUUCAUUACUACCGCCGCUGGCCCCUCCUAAUCGAUCAUGUGGCCCUUCCCUUUCCGCUGAUCAGCCCUUCGGGUGGUGCCACCACCCUUGA